CUCAUUCCAGGAACGAUAACCAUGUGCUUGGUCGGUACAGUCUACGGAUGGACAAACUCUUCAUUUCUCCCUCUAACAACUGGAAUCGGCGACGUGCCGCUAAGGUUAACACACGACGAAUAUUCAUGGAGCGUUUCUUUGACAGUACUUAGUUCAAUGAUCGGUUCACUUCUGGCUGCGCAGUUGGCCGAUCGCAUCGGUCGUAAAUACUGCCUUAUUGCAUGCAGCACAGUGUUCACCUUAGGCUGGCUCCACAUGUACUUCGCAUCUUCUGUGCAAAUGCUAUACUUUGCCAGAGCGAUUCUCGGUAUAGGCGUUGGUAUUGCCCGCACGAUAAAUCCCAUGUUCCUGUCGGAAGUUGCCGACAUCAAACUCAGAGGACGCAUGGGUACUGUAAUCGCAGCGAACGUACAUUUCGGGUCACUACUAGCCUACAUUCCUGGACCCUCGCUGACGUACACGUCACACCUGCUGGCUAUUGUAGGAAUAUCCGCUAUCUCCAUCUUGCCGCUCAUAUACAUACGCGAAACUCCGUAUUUCUUGGUGGCAAAAGGUCAAAAGGAGCAAGCAUGCAAGUCGAUAGCAUAUUACAAAGGCAUCGAAGAUCCUGAUCAAGUGAGAGUCGAACUACGUGCUCUACGCGCUGAAGCCAGAUACGGAUUACACCAACAAUCCAGGAGAGAUUUACCCCCACCGUUCAGUAUUAAUUUGCCCUCGUCAUCAAGUGGCGAUUUACCCCCAUCGUACAAUACUCUUUUCCCCCCAUCAUCAUGUAGAGAUUUACCCCCACCUUACACAAGCAAUUUACCCUCACAAUCAAUACGCGAAACACACUCAGACCCCACACGGGAAGUAGUAGACACAGAAGCCACGUCCGAUUUAAACUUACCAUCCAGUAGCGACUCACACUCACAAUCCAUAUCCUCAGUACACUCAAAAUUCAAAUGCGAAGUACGUACACAAGCCACGGGCGAAUUACACGUAGAAUACUCGCGCGUCUCGCACGGACUACCACUCCAAAUCACGCGUGAAUUACACUCACAAUCCGCAAGCGACUUGCACCGACCAUCCACUAGCCAAAUACACCGGCCCCCGACAAGCCAAAUACACCCAGAUGCCACAUGCGAAAUACACCAAGCAUCCACAAGCGAAAAGCAUCCAAAAGCAACAUGCGAAGUACACCCAGAAACCACAAGCGAAAUACUCCCAGAAACCACAAACGAUAUACACCGCCUAUCCAUAAGCCAAAUAAAUCGACCAUCCACAAGCGAAAUACCUCGAGGCCCCCGACAAGCCAAAUACACCCAGAUGCCACAUGCGAAAUACACCAAGCAUCCACAAGCGAAAAGCAUCCAAAAGCAACAUGCGAAGUACACCCAGAAACCACAAGCGAAAUACUCCCAGAAACCACAAGAGAAAUACACCCGGAAACCACAAACGAAAUACACCGACCAUCCACAAGCCAAAUACACCGACCAUCCACAAGCGAAAUACCUCCAGAAAUCACAAGAGAAAUACACCCAGACGCAACAGGCGACAUACACCCCGAAACCAUAA